UCCGCCCGGGCCUGGCCGCGGUGCGGGCUCGGCGGGCCGCGGGGGGGGGGCACGGAGGUGGAAGCUGUGGGAGGAGACGCGGCGCGAGGUCCCGGAGCGCACGUCCCGGCCGGUCCCGCGUCCUGCAGCGCCCCGAGAGGCGAGGGCGGCCGGAUGGGCCGCUGAGCCCGCGGCGGGGAGCGCGUGGAGCCCCCUGGAGCUGGAGCCAGGAUGUUCCGCUUCAUGAGGGACGUGGAGCCCGAGGAUCCCAUGUUCCUGAUGGACCCCUUCGCCAUUCACCGGCAGCACAUGAGCCGGAUGCUGUCGGGCGGCUUCGGUUAUAGCCCCUUCCUCAGCAUCACGGACGGCAGCAUGCCCGGGGCCAGGCCCCCCAGCCGCCGCAUGCAGGCCGGGGCUGUCACCCCCUUCGGCAUGCUGGGAAUGUCCGGCGGCUUCAUGGACAUGUUCGGGAUGAUGAACGAUAUGAUCGGCAACAUGGAGCACAUGACCGCCGGCGGCAACUGCCAGACCUUCUCGUCGUCCACUGUCAUCUCCUACUCCAACACGGGCGACGGAGCCCCCAAGGUCUACCAGGAGACGUCGGAGAUGCGCUCGGCACCGGGCGGGAUCCGGGAGACCCGGAGAACCGUGCGCGACUCGGACAGCGGCCUGGAGCAGAUGUCCAUCGGCCAUCACAUCCGAGACCGGGCUCACAUCCUGCAGCGCUCCCGGAACCACCGCACGGGCGACCAGGAGGAGCGGCAGGACUACAUCAACCUGGACGAGAGUGAGGCCGCGGCCUUCGAUGACGAGUGGCGGCGGGAGACGUCCCGGUUUCGGCAGCAGCGCCCCCUGGAAUUUCGCCGGCACGAGGCCCCUGGGGGUGGGGGCCGGAGGACCGAGGGGGGGCCGCCCCGCCUGGCCAUCCAGGGACCCGAGGACUCCCCCUCCCGACAGUCCCGGCGCUACGACUGGUGAGGGCCCAGCGCCCUCGGCCUCUCCUGUACAGGCUGAGAGGCUGAGCAAACCUCCCUUGAAAUAACUUUGUUCCCUCCACUCCCGCUCCCGAUUUAAUAUUAAAUUAACAAGCAAGCCGGCCCCCGCCCUCCCUGGGGGGCCGGAGGAGGGCCUUCGCUGCCCCCCGCCCCACUCUGCCCCUCACCACCCCCUUCCCACGAGAGAACUCCCCUUCUCCUGUAUCCACUAACUUGACUUUUCAUUUUGCUGCUUACCCACCUCUGGCCUGCCUCACCUUCCCCAGGCGACCCCCGACCCCACCUUGGCAGGGGCCUGGGGGGACCCUGGGCUGUCAGGGCUGCCUCCGCCCUCCCCCCUCGGCCGCCCUGGGCCCCGGCCCACCCCGUCCUCAGCUCCCACGUCCAGGGCCGUGUGUGGAAGGAGAGGACGGAUUCCCCGGCCCGGCCCAUCACAGAAGCCUGCCCCGCCACCCUCUCCGCCUGACAUUUUCGUUUUGUGCAACUUGUAACUAGGUGUUUAUGGAAUAAAGGAGAAUGGAGAGAAAAAAAAAAGA